GAAUCCUGGGCCUGCUUGCCAGAACCUACCCAUCUUCUGCUGACAGGGCGCGACAGUUAUGAGCUGAAGUAGCCGUUCCUUCAACUGCUCCCGUCCAGCUGAGGGUCCUCGUGGAAGACAAGUCUCUGAGCGUUCGAGUAAGGCUCCAGAGAGGACGCCUUCUCCAGCACCCGGGUCGGGGGGACUAGGCUUCAAAGCCCUCGGGUCCGCGUGACCUCCCCUGAGCCCCGCCCUCGCCAUCGGGCAGUGCAUGCCGGGAGGCUGAGGCCUCUGCAUCUGGGAACGCUGAGGGCUCGCGAACUGACUACAAUUCCCAGGAGUUUUCAGGCGCGGGGGCGUUGUGCGCGCCGGGCUCGCGGGUUGAGGGGCAUCUCGGAUCUCCGGGCUGGGCUCGCACCGGUCUGUGUGUUCCGUUGGCCUCGGGCGCCUGGAUUCGGAGAUCCAGAAGUAGUGGCAGCAGCAGAGAUGUCUAACGAGCCACCCCCUCCUUAUCCUGGAGGCCCCACAGCCCCCUUACUGGAGGAGAAAAGCGGAGCCCCACCUAAUCCAGGCCGCACCUCCCCAGCAGUGAUGCAGCCCCCACCAGGUAUGCCACUGCCUCCUGCUGACAUUGGCCCUCCACCCUAUGAGCCACCUGGUCACCCAGUGCCUCAGGCUGGCUUUGUGCCUCCCCACAUGAGUGCAGAUGGCGCCUACAUGCCUCCAGGUUUCUACCCUCCUCCAGGCCCUCACCCACCAAUGGGCUACUAUCCACCAGGACCCUACCCACCAGGGCCCUGUCCUGGCCCUGGGGGCCACACGGCUACAGUCUUGGUCCCUUCAGGGGCAGCCACCACAGUCACAGUGCUUCAGGGAGAGAUCUUUGAAGGAGCACCUGUGCAGACAGUGUGCCCCCACUGCCAGCAGGCCAUCACCACCAAGAUCUCCUAUGAGAUUGGUCUGAUGAACUUCGUGUUGGGUUUCUUCUGCUGCUUCAUGGGGUGUGAUCUGGGCUGCUGUUUGAUCCCCUGCCUCAUCAAUGACUUCAAGGAUGUGACACAUACAUGCCCCAGCUGCAAAGCCUACAUCUACACGUACAAGCGCUUGUGCUAACAGAGCCAGACUUGGACUCCCCCACCUAUCAGUCUGGCCCCCUGUGCUUUGCCUCCCAUGUUCAGUGGUCACUCCCCCACAACCCCCACUUGGGGUUGGAAGUUUUGCCACUGUCCCCUGGAAGUCCUAUUCUCACCUUGCCCUUCCCUGAGCAUCUGACUCUUCCAGCAAACAUUCUGUUGGACUUAAGGCCAAGGGCCAGGGGGUGGCAUGGGUUGGCACUGAACUUGUGGAUGUGGGUUUGCUUGGCAUUUGCAAUCCAGAUAAGUUGAGGAGACUCUCCUACUAGAGUCCUCAUUCCUCCAUUUCCGUCCAAGGCUUGGUCCUGACUCUCCCUGGGACCAAAAGCACUCAAAUCAUUAACAGGCCCCACACUGUGGCCUACAGUGGAGGCGGUGCCUGGAACCACAAUUGUUUUUGACCUGCUGGAAUGAGGUUAGGACAUCAUCUAGAACCAGGUAGACCCAAGCAGGACAGGAUCUAAAGGCCUGGGUUUAUAUGGGAUAUAUUGCCACUGGGGUGCCAUAGGUAGGGUAAGAAAGAAGUAACUGCCAACCCUGGGCCCUCAGAACUCUCAGGUAUGGAAAUCCAGGACUUCUAUUCCCUGUCCAGGUGCCUAAAAGAUGCCUGGCAGAGAGGACACUGGGCUAUAGUUUUAGUGCUGGUAGCCAAGAGGGAUUCAUCCCUGUUCCUGCCUAGCUUCCUUUCAGUCAAUGUGCUGACCUCCUUUGUGGCCACACUUCUGUGAACCCCUGUUAUUAUCUAGGGCCAGAAGGAAUGCCCAUGAGCCUGUCCUGUCUACUCCAUGUUUGUGUUGUAUAUGGGUGUAACUUCUGUCUGGUGGCUUGUAUCCAGUUGGGAGGGAUGGCAGAUUAGAAGGGUCUCUUUAUGGGUUCAUUGGUAUCUCUGGUUUAAGUACUGAGACAAUUGACUUGCUGAUUCUAGGCCUAAUCCCACAUUGAGGCGCUUCAUUAGGGACAGCUGUGGCACUGGACUAGGGACCAGGAAGAAGCCACAAGUGAUGGGGGUGUCCUCGGGACGAGUCUUGUCCAAGUUGUGCAAGCCCAAAUCUGUCCAUUUCUUGACUGGUCUGUGAAUAUGCCUGUGUGGACACUGUAUUCUGCUGCUGUCCCUCUCCUUACCUUACACUAGCACUGCAUGGCCUCCUGUCACUGUAAACUGGCCUGGUCCCAGUUUGUAGUUUCAUUAAAUCGGCCCUUUAAUUCCCCUGCUCUGGUA